AUGUCGGGCGCUCAAACGUCGGUUAAUCAAGAAAUGGCCAUGUCGUUCAUGGAGAUAUUACUUCAACGUUGUGUAGCAUUGCCGUUAUCGUGUGUAAAAAUAUUGAUCGAUUUACUUGUUCAUGAUAAGUACUUCAGAGCUACUAGUUAUGUUGAAAAACCCAUUGAAGCUAUUAUAAAUAUGAAACCAAAUGGAAUUCAUCCUGGUGAUCGUGACGAUAAUUUAUGGGUAACUUAUAAUAAUUAUCAACCUAAAAGUCAGCAAGAAUGGGAAAAUAUGUGUUUUCUUGAUAAAGCAUUUUGA